AUGGGAAGGAAGAACAAUAAGAUGAAUUGUGUUGAAAAGGUUGGAAGUAGAUCACUAGCUGCGACCAUAUGGAAUGAUCUAAGUGUAGCUAUAUUCUGUGACCUGUGUAUUAAGGAGGUGGAGGCAGGACAUCCUCCUGACACUCACUUUAGCAAAGUUGGAUGGAAAAAUUUGGUUGCACACUUAAAUAAGGAGACAGGAAAAGACUAUGAUAAACCACAACUGAAAAUAAGAUGGGACCCCACGAAGAAUACCAUUGAUGCAUCUGAUGAAUGGUGGCAUAGUAGAGUUCAGGUAGAUUCUAAUUAUGCAAAAUUUCGAAACAAUGGCAUUAAACCUGAGAUGGAGGAGAAGCUAGAUAGGAUGUUCUUGAAGACCAGAACCACCAGGGAACAUGCUAAGGCACCCUUGGGUGAUUCUGAACAGUUCAUCCCAAUUCUGACAACUCAAGCUAAAAAAAGGUCAUCAGGGAGGAGGAAAAGGAGAACAGUUCAAGAACCUGACACUCAAGUUAGGAAAGAAAAGAAAGGCAAAAGAGUUGCUAUAGGUGGGCAGAAGGUUGGAGGCACUGUGAAAUUGUCAGAAAAGAUUGAUCACCUUCUUGAGUCAGUUGACAGUAGUAGUUCUGUAACUUUUAAAUUGGAGGAAGGUGUACAUGGCAGUAGCAUUCCUGAAGUGAUGCAAGCAGUUCAAUCUUUACCUGGAGCAGAACCCGGGAGCAAAUUGUGGUUGUUUGCAACUCGGUUAUUUUAUCUGAAGACAAGAGAGAGAUGUUCACUUACAUGA